GAGAACCAAAGCCAACUUCAGUCCUGAUCAACGGGACCCUCAGGACCACACCAAUACCAAUCUGUCAUUCACUUUCAUAAGACUCUAUAAUAAAAAAUGUAUAAACAAAAAUAAAACGACAUUUCUUUGGAAAAAUACAUAUUUAUUUGUCAAACCUUUUCAAUGGACAUACCGCGUUUGAUGGAUUUAAUUUACUCUGGAUGUUAUGGAUUCCUCAUUUCUGCACACUGAACAUUUCUCUCGCGCGGAUGCCACAUCGACGACAACACGGCUGUGGAUUUCUUAAUGCGAACUCUGACAGACAGCAAUUCAUUUCGGAAGUUUGUCUUAUCAAUUAGUCUGGGAAUCUGUUCAAACACGUCCUCGUCGUGCUGUGGACGAGUAAUAAAGUUUUCAUUGGAUUUCACAUCUAAAGGUGCGGUAUAACACAGUGAAACUGAGGAACAAAGAGUCAUCUCUAACCUAAAGCAUCCUUCGAGUAUUCUCGCUCUCACUCUCUCUGAAGACCUGUUUGUCAUCCAUCCACGAGCACAUACUUCAGUUGAGAGAAUAGGCGCAAGCUGGAACAAAAAAUACAGUAGUUCCCCUUUGACAUUCAAGUUUGGGAUUGUAAAAAUGUACAUUUUUAGAAAAGGGCAAUAGAGCAAAGCUUUUCACUCAGGAUGCAAACCUUUUUAAGGCUCAUCGGACAGACACAGUAACUGUCUCUAAUCGAAACAAAAGCGCGCGAGAGACUCGGAAGCACAACACAUUAAGCUGCAAAGUAAGACACUUUCAAAGGUUGGUGAUUGACAGCAGACAUGGCUGCCAUAGCAACUGUCCCCAACUACACCCCAUCGGUAUGGGUACGGUUAUGCCAUGCCAUUCCCCGUGUGGACUUGACCCUCCAGACCCGAGAUAGUGUGUUCACGCCAGACAGCUGGGAGUAUCAGCAGACACUUUUGGUCCUCUCCAGCUUCUCCGCCAUUGCGCUCGUCCUCUCGCUACUUGUCGUUCUUUCCUUCCUCAUCCACUACUGCUGCUGCCAUCGUGGUGAGGGGGGCAGAGACGCAGAGGAAGAAGAGGAGGAUGACGAUGCCAGCGGUGGCCAUGGAUACGGCAGCAAAAAGGGGCGGGGCAUCUGUUGUGUCACAUGGGUAUCGGUUGCAGCCGUGACGUUGUGUUGUGUUGCCAUAGGCAUUGGUUUCUACGGCAACAGCGAGGCGAACGAUGGGAUGUAUCAGUUGACCUCAUCCUUGCUCACUGCCAAUUACACACUGGCUUCCAUCGAUCUACUGGUCUCAGACACUGUGGCUGGGCUGCAGCAGUCAAUCUCAGGGCCCUUGACCUCCAUGGAGGAAGUGUUUGGAGGACAUAAGCCCGCACUCGUGCCCACGCGCUCCUGCAGGCGUCUGUCAGAGCGGGUGGUGUCUCUCCUGUCCAACCUGACCCUGGGAAGGGGUCUGAUCCCCGUCACUGAUGGCAUUUACAGGGCCAAUGGGAGCGAAAGCAUAGUGGGAGCCCUGACCCCAGCUCCACCAUCUGUAACCCCCACCCUUAGUCCAUCAGCCAACAGCGUUCCUGUGCCAUUCUCUCCUGGCUGGGCCGCCAACACCCUCAUGGGGAAUGAAGACUACAGGUGGCUGUCAUACGUGUUGUUGCUUUUGCUGGAUCUGGUGGUGUGUUUCUUUAUCCUUCUUGGUUUGGCCAAACAGGCCCGCUGGCUACUUAUCCUGAUGACAGUGCUGACCUGGUUGGCUCUGUUUCUGAGUUGGGGUUCUCUCGGCCUGGAGACGGCCACUGUGGUGGCCCUGAGUGAUUUCUGCUUCAACCCAAACACAUUUGUUCUGAACUCCACUCACUUCAACUCUAGGACGAGCUCAGAAAUCCUGGACUACUACUUAACCUGCAACAGGAGAAUGAACAGCCCAUUUCAACAGCCACUGACCCAGUCCCAGAGAGCGCUGUCUAGCAUCCACUCCCAUCUGUCCAGUCUGGAGAGAGAUGCUCUCCCACGCUUUCCAAAGGCAGAGAAGUCCCUCAGGGAGGUACAGCAGAUCCUCAACUCCACUGAAGGCAACUUCCACCAGCUGGUAGCGCUCCUUAACUGCCGAGGGCUGAACAAGGAUUACGUUGACUCUCUGAAGGGCCUGUGCUAUGAUGGGAUGGAGGGGUUGCUCUAUCUUUCCCUCUACUCGUUUCUCUCCGCUUUGGCAUUCACCGCCAUUCUAUGCUCGCUCCCUGGAGCCUGGAGGAGCUUUCACAGCGAUUCAGAGGACUAUGAGGACUCGGACAGUGAAAGCGAGGACCCCUUCACUUCUCAUCAGGCACGUAGACAGACAGCCACGGGCUCCCAGCGAGGGGCCUUCACCCCCUUCUAUAGUUACCAGGGGGCCGCCUGGACUCCCCCCUUUUCUAGCGCGCCACCGUUACCGACUCCAAACGUUUCCUCCAAUGGCAACCCUGGUUAUGAGAACCUGCUUUUGAGUGACAGGCAGUCCCCACCCCCCUCUUACUCUCCCAGCAUGCUGACUGGCUACGGCGGCAGUCAAUCACACUCCAACCCCGCCCAUUCCAGAAACCUGUACUCACACUAAUUAUUUUUAUGUAUAGUAGAAAAAAUGUAUAGGGAGGUUUAGUUUUCAUAUGGAUGGACACUUUAUGAGAGACUAAUUUAAAAUAAAUUUUAACUCUAGAUGUUAAAUAUCUGUGCGUAACGUCAGUACCAUUGAGUCCUGGAAACCAAUGGCUGUAACAGAUUUGUAAAACAACUGACGGUCAUUCACUUCAUUUAGCUGUAUGAGCCGCUCACGUCCACUUCCUCUAGUGUCAUUGUGUACAUCGCUCUGGGGUGGAAACAGGAUGGUAUUGACGUUACAGUAGUGCUCUAUUUUUAAAUGUAUAACCACUUUAUUUUGGAGUUUUUAUAUUGUUAUAUGUAGUCACGGAUGCGUAGUGGCAACGGCACAAUUUCUUUGUAAGAUUACGCAGUUUUCUUUUCAAUUUCGUUUUUUAAAAUUUGACAAAAUCCUGGUUUUAAGUGGUAACUCUGUAUUAUUUUGUAUACCCUCCGAUGCUAUAUAAUACUAUAGAAAUUAUUUAUAUAAUUUAAAUAUAAGAAUAUAUAUUCUAUGUAUAAAUGUUUGAUUGUUAACGCAUUUUGAUGAUCAACAAAACACCAGUGAAAAACAUUGUUGAGGGCUGGUAUCCAUUUCCUCUGCUGGCUCUGAGCAAUACAACCACGUUUUGCCAAUUACAAAGCAAUGGCCAUAAUUGUAAGCAGCAAUAAUCAUCAGGACUUGCAAGCACCAUCUGUGUCUGUGUGUGUCAGUAUAUACAUUAUAUAAACAUUUGAGAUUGCAUUGGUCCCUUGGCUAUCAACCUGAUGUUAAUCCCUUGAAAUAUGUUUCUAUGGUUUAAUGCUCCUUUUGAAUGGCAUCCUUUUUCAAAACAGAGUCUAAUAUAAAUUAAAUAAAAAUA